AUGGACCAAAAGCAAGAACAAGACAAGGGGAACCCAAACAUGUCUGGCAUUGGUGACACUCUAACCCAUACUAAAGUCCCAAAAGUAGUUUCACCAGUUUCUUCUGCAGCAGCAGAGGGGGAAACCUUGAGGCGGCCUCGCGGCCGGCCUGCCGGCUCCAAAAACAAGCCUAAGCCACCAAUAAUUGUCACCAGAGACAGUGCAAAUGCACUGAAAGCUCAUGCCAUGGAAGUGACCUCUGGAUGUGAUGUGAAUGAAAGCCUGUUAAACUUUGCAAGGAGAAAGCAACGAGGUCUUUGCAUCCUCAAUGGGACUGGCUGUGUUACCAAUGUGACAUUGCGCCAGCCAGCCUCAUCUGGUGCCAUUGUGACACUCCACGGUCGAUUUGAGAUUCUCUCACUGCUCGGAUCAGUGCUUCCCCCACCAGCACCACCAGGGAUCACAGGCCUUACAAUUUACUUAGCAGGUGCUCAAGGGCAAGUUGUGGGAGGUGCUGUUGUUGGCGCUUUGAUUGCUUCCGGCCCGGUUGUAAUCAUGGCUGCAUCAUUCAUGCAUGCUACAUUUGAUCGUCUGCCAUUGGAAGAUGAUGAACUUGCUGCUGCAAUGCAGAAUCAGCAUUACCAGAAUGGACGCGCCCAUCAUCUUGAUAUCUCAGACUUAUAUGCAAUGCCACAGAACCUCCUCAUGAAUGGUGCAAUGCCUCCAGAGAUAUAUGCUUGGGCACCGGGGCGGAACUUGUCAAAAUCCUGAAACUUUAGCUAGCAUAUUAUUUGUUAGUAGUUGUCUCACAUCCACACAAUACACUACAAUGCAGCUAAAAUACAGCCAGAGACAUGUAACUUGUAAGGUUGACAUUGCUAAACAAGAUGAUAUGCUUCUUCUGUUGUACUAAAAAUUGGUUUAACAAAUUAAUGAGUGCUAAGAUUUUAAAUACAUCAAGGUCUCCUUUUCAUAUUUGGACAUGCUGUAUAUAUAAAACUUGGUGUUAAAACGUCAAAACAAUACAUGCAUACAGAACAGAAGCUGAGAUUCCUUCCUUCACUAGGCCUAUUGGUAAUUAACCAUUUGCUACUGCAAUGGAUAAAAUGUGAAAAUAAUUACAAGCUAGGCAGACCUAGAUUCAAGUUUUAAGUUUUCAGUAUAGACAACCCAGAGACACUUCAUUUCUCUCUCUAUCUCUCUGUCUUCUCAUCAAAUCCAUCUUUUUAUCACAUUU